GAUCCAGUAGUCACUAUGAAACCAGCUUUUACACCGACGGCCUGUCCCACCACAAAACAACGAAGACCUAAUUCCUUUGACAGCAUCGAGAAGAUCAUGACACUGAUUGGUGCCGGCAUUGAUUUUUCCAGAGAUCAACAAUAUGCUACGCCAGCAGGUGCUGCGGGACGGCUGCUGGACCAGCCCGUGGGAGACUGGCUCGAGCAUGUGGGGCUCCCACAGUACGAGAGCAAGCUGCUUCUCAACGGGUUCGACGACCUGCACUAUAUGGGCAGUAAUGUCAUGGAGGACCAGGACCUGAGAGAGAUCGGGAUCACAGACCCAAGUCACAGGAAGAAGAUCCUGCACGCAGCACGGUCGUUACCUAAGGUGAAAGCUCUGGGCUGUGAUGGCAGCAGCACCCUCUCCUCCUGGCUGGAGAAUCUGGGACUGCACGAGUACUUGCACAACUUCCUGGCGAGCGGCUACCGCACUCUGGAUUGUGUGAAGAACCUGUGGGAACUAGAGAUUGUCAACGUUCUAAAGAUCUCCCUACUGGGUCACAGGAAACGCAUCAUUGCUUCUUUAGCAGAGAGACCGUAUGAGGAGCCUCCAGUCAAACCUCCCCGCCUGUCUCAGAUCAGGUGCCAAGACCUGCCUGGAUCCCACACCUCGUCUCCCCUCAGUCAGAUGGAGUCCUACGCGGGUCGAUCCAUGGACCCUCUGCUGCCUAUAGUAGAGCCAGGGAGGAAAAAAGCACCAGAUACCGACUAUGACGUUACCCAGAGAUAUCACAGUGAACGACACAGAACUCAUGAGCGGCAUGAGGAGCGGCAUCGAGAGCCCCGUCUGACCCUGCGUCCUCCAAGUCUGGCUGCGCCUUACGCCCCCGUCCAGAACUGGCAUCACCAACCUGAGAAGCUCAUCUUCGAAUCCUGCGCUUACGAAGCCAGUUACCUGGGUUCCAUGCUAAUUAAGGAUCUGCGGGGUACAGAGUCCACGCAGGAUGCUUGUGCCAAAAUGCGGAAGUCGACGGAACAAAUGAGGAAGGUCCCGACCAUCGUCCUUUCAAUCACCUACAAGGGUGUGAAGUUCAUCGAUGCAGCCAAUAAGAACAUCAUUGCAGAGCACGAGAUCCGGAAUAUUUCAUGUGCAGCCCAGGACCCAGAGGACUUGUGUACGUUUGCUUACAUCACCAAGGACCUGCAGACCAGCCACCACUACUGCCACGUGUUCAGCACAGUAGACGUGAAUCUGACCUAUGAGAUUAUACUGACCCUGGGUCAGGCGUUCGAGGUGGCAUAUCAGCUGGCUCUGCAGGCCCAGAGGACCAAACAGCACCACAGCCUCCCAGCGGGACCUGGUUCGGAGAUCACAGAGAUCAAGUCCAGCCGACCGGUUCCCAAACCACGAGGCAGCGUGCGAAAGUCAGGGGACUCUCCUCCUGUCGACAGUCGUUGCUGUUACUGUUACACCUGCACCUCCCACCGUCCCUCCUGCCCACUGCUGCACUCUUCCAGCCCUGCUGCCCAGGGGGACAUUGUGGACCAGGAGGGGGACGCUCAGUCCCAGGGCAGCGCCACGUGGCUCGUGGACCCCAAGGAAUCCAAGCGCACUAUCAGCACCAACUGAACACUGUGGCCCCUCCCAGCCAGUAAGAAAGAGCCCUGUUGCAUGGUGGGUUGGAUGUUUGUUUGUUUGUUCUAUUCAUUGGAAACGUGAGCCACCUGCCACGCAGCAGAUCACAUCAGGAUGGUUCAGUAACGCACGGGUCCGGAGACUCUCUCAACACUGCACGCUCCCUCACCUCACCCAUAUCACUCCACACACGCCUCCAUUAACUUCCUGCUCGUCGGGGGAUGUACCUGCAGGUUUUAAUGCACAACCUGUAAUUAAAGUGGAAGCAGAUGAUUUUUGUUGUUGUUAUGAUAAAAAGGUACAAACUAUCGGUAAGAGACCUCACACUGUCGGUACACACUCCCUCCUGGAUUAUUUCUCCUUGAUCAAAACACUGUAGCGUCUUUUGAUGAACUCAAGUUCUCAUCCACAACAUACGUAUAUAACUGUGAUAAACUUAGAAAGGGCGGAGGAAGUGACACUACAAACACUGGUUUACGGUGAUGUAACUGGGGGGGGGGGCUUUUAUAUGAUUUGAAAGUUUUCUCUCGUCUUGUUUUUGUAUGUUUUAAUUGUUUUAUAGGACAAUGACGUGUCCUGAUGCAGGAACUGGAUCAGGCGUGGUUCUCUCUCUCCCUCCCUGCGUCUUUGUUAAUCUAGACAAGAUUAUUCACCAAACCUGCCACGCAGGCUGGUACGUCUUUAGUUUUUAGCCUCAGAACAGAACAAUAGGGCAAGUCUCUCCAAACUAACUCCCCAGUGCGCUGACUGUUAAUGGUACUUUAUUUCUGUCGGCUCAUGUGUUUAUGGGUCUGUAGUCAGGUCGUUUUGGUUUAACUGUUGUUUAUGUGGUACCUUGUCAGGCCAGUUCGUUAAGUUUAUGGUAUGCUGUGUUCGGCUCGCUGGUGUUGGCACCUUCAGCCAUCGGCCUGGUUCCAUUCUGCUUUUGCACAUCGCUGAGGAUCAGGAGAUAGAGAUAUUUCUGGGACUAAUCUGAUGACAACAAUGAUGAGAAUGAUAUUGUACAUGAAUCUAGCAGUCUGUAUUUUGAUACUUGAAUGAUUUUUGCUUUUAUAGAUAUCUAUAUAUAUAUGUAUAUGUAUGUAUGUAUGUAUGUAAUUUUUGACGCUUGUCAAAAGAGAGAAAAGGACUAUGUCUUAUAAAGUUAAACAUAUCGUGAAUAAAUACCCUGUGAUUAAAAAAAAGGCUAAGAAAACUAUGACUCAGAAGAGGGACCUCACUUCAGAAAAAAAAGAUUGUAAAUAAUCUUGGGCUUCCAGUCUUUUUUAUGAAUAUUUUUCAUAAUUGUUCAACUAAUAAAUGGCUCAAUUAGAAA